UGUAGCUGAUGAUUGACAUCAGAAUGGACGAAUUAGAAGACCGUUUUCGCGGAAGGGGACGGGUCCAGUCGUUCAGGGCCGUGAUAGAUCGGCAAUCAACGUGAGCUUCGGAGUAAGACGUCGGUUUUUGCGUUUAGCUUGAACAUCUCAGAAAUUGUUCUCCAAGGAGGGCGGUUUUGGACUCCGAAAUAGACCCCCAAUCUGUCCCGGAAGGUGUGCGUGAGCUCCGGGCACUGUGACCCUGCUCCCGGGUGCUUCUUUCCAGUCUCCGUAGCUCGCAGCGCAAUCGCUUCGUUUACGUUUCAGUGCGACCAGUGCUGUGUUUAUGUCUUUGUUUGACGAAGUCAGUGAAUACCUGGACGACAGGAGCGCCGGAUGGGAAAGAGCUGUUGCAGAGCUGUGGGAAGCUGUUUUGGGGAAACUUAGCCUACGAGUGCGGGACCUACAGCCUCGGUGGCGAGACUCUUUUCAUGUCAGAGACCGAGUGCUGGUGCAGUUGUUUAUGUCCUCCGCCCUGCUGCUCACAGGAGACACCAAAAAGCUCCAGCUCGAGUUCUUGUCUUGCUGAUAGAUCUCGCAAAAGGUCAAAAUGUCUGUCAACGUGAACCGCAGUGUGUCAGACCAAUUCUACCGGUAUAAAAUGCCCCGUCUGAUUGCUAAGGUGGAGGGUAAAGGGAAUGGCAUUAAGACGGUCAUAGUCAACAUGGUCGACAUCGCAAAGGCAUUGAACAGGCCUCCAACAUAUCCCACCAAGUUCUUUGGCUGCGAGCUGGGUGCCCAGACUCAGUUUGACACAAAGAAUGACCGUUACAUCGUUAAUGGGUCUCACGAGGCGAACAAGCUGCAGGACAUGCUGGAUGGAUUUAUCCGCAGAUUUGUGCUGUGCUCAGAGUGCGACAAUCCUGAAACUGAUCUGCAUAUCAACCCAAAGAAGCAGACCAUAGCCAUCUCCUGCAAGGCCUGUGGCUACCGUGGUAUGCUGGACACAAGGCAUAAGCUCUGCACAUUCGUCCUGAAGAAUCCACCUGAGAGCGACACCGGAUCUGUCAAAAAAGAGAAGGAGAAAAAGAACCGCAAGAAGGACCGGGAGAGCUCCAAUGGUGGCGAAACAGGAAAUAAUGAGAUUAAUGCCCCAGAUGUGGUGCAGGAUGGAGAUGAUGAUGAUGAUGACUGGGCUGAAGAGACCACAGAGGAGGCACAGCGACGUAGGAUGGAAGAGAUCAGCAAUCAUGCCAAGAAUCUGACCUUAAGUGAUGAUCUGGACAAGACUUUGGAGGAACGAGUCAAUUUGUUCUACAGUUUUGUCAAGCAAAAGAAGGACAGUGGUACUAUUGGUUCCGCUGAUAAGGAAAUCCUGGCAGAGGCUGAGCGCCUGGACGUGAAGGCAAUGGGCCCACUGAUCCUGAGCGAGCUGCUCUUUGAUGAGAACAUCCGUGACCAGAUCAAGAUGUACAAGCGCCACUUCUUGCGGUUCUGUCAUGACAACAAGAAGGCUCAGAAGUACCUGCUGGGUGGCUUCGAGUGUGUGGUAAAGCUGCACCAGGCCCAGCUGCUGCCACGCAUUCCCAUCCUGCUGAAAGACAUGUAUGAUGCCGACCUGCUGGCUGAAGAUGUCAUCUUGGCCUGGGCCGAAAAGGUGUCCAAAAAGUACAUCUCUAAGGAGCUUGCUAAAGAGAUCCAUGCCAAAGCAGCUCCCUUUAUCAAGUGGCUGAAGGAGGCUGAGGAGGAGUCCGAGGGCAGUGAGCAGGAGGAAGAUGUGGAGAAUGUGGAGGUUGUUUACUCCUCCUCGGCCCGUGAGCUGAAGAUGGAGACGGUGAAACCAGAGGAGCUGGACAAGGAGGAUUAUGACAUUGACAUUGAUGCCAUUUAGGCAACUUGAUCAGAGCUGUGCAGAGCCCCCGCUUGUUUCAGUAGCACCCCUAUUUUUAAUUGUCCUUUAGUGCCUAGGAAUGCUGGAAUGUAGUUGAGGGAGGAGGGUAGAGCGAUUGUGCUUGCUGUUCUGUCUGCAGUGACUAAAUGGGCUUGCUUCUCUGGAUUCUGGCCUGUGAUUUUUCUCCUCCGCAAAAUAGUUUGUGGCACUUGAGACAUACUCUAAGUUGUGUAAACAGAGUAUAUUUAUAUCAUUGAUCAGACAUAUGCUUGCUUGCACAUUGUAAUUUGCCAAUAAGUUUAUUCAAUAAAACAAAACAAAGUGUU